GCAAUCCAUAUUAGCGCUUCCAUCGAGUAAACUACACGGCGUCGAAAUAUAUCUAAAACCAACAUGUUAUCCUCAAAGCUGUGUUUAAUAGCAGCGAGUGCUUUGGCUGGCUUCUCGGCUGCCCAGCAGUUACAAUGGACACUAGUGAGUCCAGGAAAUAUUGCAGGCGCACCUGUAGGGCGUGCUAACUUUGGCAUAGAUUAUGAUUUAGCAAGGAAUAGAUUAGUGAUGUUUGGGGGUGCAGCUGGUGGUGCAAGAGACGAUACAUGGGCGUACAACCUCGACACAAACACGUGGGAGCCGAUAGUCACAGCUACGGCCCCUGAGCCCCGUCACAGUUUUAUCAGCGGUAUCGACAGGAUAAACGACCGCAUGCUUGUCACGGUUGGACAAGGUAACAGUGGUUUCUUUAACGAUGUCUGGGCCUUGGAUCUAACUGCACAAACCUGGCAAGAGGUCAACACAACAGGUACACCACCGUUCCGGAGAUACGCACCGGCCGGCGGAAUCUUCCGUGGUGGGUCGCAAAUGGUAGUCUCGCACGGUUUCGAGGCUGAACGUUUCGAUGACUCUUUCACAUUUGAUCUUGAUACGUCUGAGUGGCGAGAAGUCACCCCUGCUGGCAAGGACUCGGCUAUCCCUUCAGCUCGGUGUCUUGUGGGUAGUACUAUGGUUGAGGACGGUCAGACAGUGAUGUUUGGUGGGUGCAGCAGCGGAGGCUAUGGUGGCACUGGUUGUCCUGGUUUUGACACGUGGCACAUGCGCACAAACCCAGCAACACCUGACAAGACUGGACAGUGGACGCAGCUGAGCUCAUCGCCUGCUACUCGCAACAGAGGGACGUUGGGGUACAUGAGCAAUAUCAACAGUGUGGUUAUGUGGGGUGGUCAGAGUGCGGCACCCUAUGGCAGAGAUCCAGAUGGUUUGGUGAAUGUACUGGACUUGGACUCUGGGUUGUGGACACGUGUGUUCCCCAUUGUAGAUACGGCCACUGGUCUCUCCCCUAUCUCAACCAACGCCCUGGGCGUGAUGACGUUUGUGGAUAAUUCGCCAGACUGCGUGUACUUGCUCACAUCGGGUAUGGAUGUUUGGACUAUGUGCGGCACCACCACUGCAGGUCUGACUACUAUCGAUGCAGAUACCUUCUUCGACUGGAGGCUGGUGCACGGGGUUCUGAUGAUGUUGGCGUGGGGUAUUCUGAUCCCCGUGGGUGUCACGUGCGCUAUGUACCGGGGGAUGUUCGGCGGCUCUCAAGUCUGGUUCACGAUUCAUUACUUGUGCAACACAUGUGCAUGGAUUCUUACUAUUGCCGGUUUUGGUAUCGCGCUCGUGCUGAACUCCGCCGCCAAGUUCCUGUCCGUACAUUCGUACAUUGGCCUGGUGAUCUUAGUACUGGUCGCCCUACAACCACUAAACGGUUGGUUGCGCCCCCACUUGGUCGAGGGUGUUAAGAAGUCCAAGCGACGCGUUGCCUGGGAAAUUGUUCACAAAUGGAAUGGCCGCAUUCUAUUUCUUCUCGGAAUUGUAAACCCGUUCUUAGGUUUGUAUUACAUCGGCAACCGAAGUGUGAUUACGUUCUCUUUCAUCCUCUACGCCACCUGGAUCUGUCUAUUGACUGUAUUCUGGAUUGCAAUGCCGAUUUAUCUAUGGAAAUUCGGAUCGCCUAAAGACAAGAACUCCAAAUUUGGUACGAGUUCGAUUCCUGCCCGAUCGUCCAACACGCCCAGUAUCAAAUCAAUAGCAGAACCCACUAUCCCAAUGCCUAGUGGUCUGUACUCACCGCAGUCAAGGAGACCGACGCUCGUUGAUUCCGCGGACGUAUGAAGAAGCCUGACUUCGAAGGAAUAUCAAUAAUAGUACUAAACAACAAUACCAAUUAUAAUAGUACUAAACAACAACAAAAACUAAGCGUAGAGCACGUUGUACGGUUCUGCCUAACCUAAACAAUUGUAACCUCUGAAGGGAACGUACGAAUGCACGGAAUGCAACAGACCAGCAUUUGUGUCCCAUCUAAUAAAUAUAAGAGAUACAAACCAUGGACCAGAUCCUUGAUGUAUAAUAAAUAUAAGAGAUACAAACCAUGGACCAGAUCUUUGAUGUAUAAUAAAUAUAAGAGAUACAACCCAUGGACCAGAUCCUUGAUGUAU